AUGGCUCAAAAGCCUCCCAAGUCUGCGGGCUCAGUAUCGUCUUCCCCGCCUCCACCACCACCAGCACAAAACUCCGACAAGGAAUCAGAACAAAUCGAACAACCAGUCUUGACACGUUCAAGUGUUCCUAGUCUGGACUUUUCACCCCCAGAUCCCACUGAACAACGUACAGGAGCAUCUUCUCGAGAUAAUUUGUCCUCUGCAGACCGCCAACGACGGGCAUUCGCAAGAAUAGCUUUUGGGUUGUUCACUCUGGGAUUUGGUCUACAUGUUGCCUACAUGGGACGUGAAUGGGAGCAAGAGGAGCUUCAGGAGAAGAAAUUGACUCUGGAAAAUGCGCCAGCAGGUCGAUGGGAACGAACAAAAAACCGAUACUCGGGGAUGUUUUCUUAUUUUAGCGAUCCAGUCAUGACCGAGUUAUUACCACCACGCACAGCAGCACAGUAUCCUCCAUCAUCAAAACCUUACACUCUCUUAAUAUCUGUUGACGACUUAUUGGUAACGUCUACCUGGGACCGCCAACACGGUUGGAGGACGGCCAAACGACCUGGAGUGGAUUAUUUCUUGGCUUAUAUCUCCCAAUUUUAUGAGGUUGUGGUUUUCACGACGCAGUAUUCUUAUACCGCGAUGCCCAUAUUGGAUAAACUUGACCGUUAUAACUUUUACAUCGAACAUCGUCUUUUCCGGGAACAUACUCGAUCUCAGAACGGAGAAGUUGUCAAGGAUUUAUCUUAUCUAAAUCGAGACCUGUCCAAAGUUAUCCUACUCGAUACACAUCCCGAACAUGCUGUCACGCAUCCCGAAAACGCUGUGAUAAUCCCUGGUUGGAAAGGUGACCCUAAGGACAAUGGGCUUGUUGCGAUGAUCCCAUUUUUAGAAUCGAUCGCCAUCUACAAACCUGCUGAUGUCCGGCCCAUAUUGACCGCCUACAACGGCAAGAACAUCCCCCUCGAGUACGCCAAGCGGGAAGCCGAAGGCAAACAGAAGCACAUCGAGAACUGGAAGCAGAACAAAGGAUCAACCAGCAAUUCCUUCGGAGGCUUCUUCGGUGUUUCUUCUCGGUCAACACGAAACGCACCACUGACUUACCUCGAGCAAAAACGCAAAGAAGCGCAACAACAAUAUCUUGAAGAACAAGCGCAUAUUGCGAAAAACAAGGAUUAUUUGGAGAGCUUGUUGAAGCAUGAGCAGGAUGUCAUGGCUGCGCAGGCUCCGAGUAAUAUUUGGGAGAUGAUUGACACGAUACGAGGGAACCCGAAAGCACUGGAUGCGAAUAUUCCGCCUCCGCCUCCCCCGCCUCCUGGGAUGGGAUUUGUGGUACCUCCGCCACAGCUGCCAGCGCCAGCACAAACACAGACAUCGCCGAAGUCGUCAUGA